AUGUCAAGAUUGCCCUUUAUCAGGGCGCUUCUGAGAGGCACAAUCGUGCACGACUUUCAGAGAUUGCACAGCAUCUACGGCCCAGUGUUACGUGUGGCACCAAACGAAGUCACAUUCGCCGACGAGGCAGCCUGGGCCGACAUAUUUCAGACUCAUACGGACAAUGGGCAGUUUCUGAAGGAUCCUCUCUGGUGGGGUGGCCAGACAGGCCUGCCCAACUCCCUGCUAAGCGCUAUAGACCCGGAGGAGCACGCCACUAUGCGCAAAGUGUUUGUCCCCGCUUUCACACCUCGUGCCUUAAGGGCCCAAGAACCGAUCAUCCACCAAUAUGUCAACCUCCUCGUAGAGAGGCUGCAAGAGCUUGUUGCUGCGGCUGAAGAGGACGGCGAGAAAGCUGCCGACAUCGACAUGGUACCAUGGUUCCACUUCACGGCAUUCGACAUUUUCGGAGACUUAGGCUUCGGCGAAUCCUUCAACUGCCUGCAGAGCUCCAAGUACCAUCCUUGGAUUGCGUUGUUAUUCAACAGUGUCAAGGCGGCAUCAUUCGUCGCCGCAGUGCGCUAUUAUCCUUGGCUACAAUCUCUGCUAUUCAAAUGCAUCCCCAAAUCACUGAGGGAGAUGCAAACAGACCACUACCAACAAAUCGUGGAGAAAGUCGACCGCCGCCUCAACUGGGAGCUGGAACGACCUGAUAUCAUGUCUCAUGUCAUCGACGAGAGAAAAGGCGCCGCCGCGCUGCCGACUGAUGUCAUAUAUGUGACAUUCAUGAUACUUACCACAGCUGGGAGCGAAACGACCGCCACCGUUUUGAGUGGAGCCAUGAACUAUCUCGUGAGCAACCCAGAAAAGAUGGAUAUCUUGAAGUCAGAGAUCCGCGAUAAAUUCCAAUCCGAGGCAGAGAUCUCUCUGGAAACUUUGCGCCAGCUCCCAUAUCUUAAUGCUGUCCUUAGCGAGGCAUUGAGAUUAUGCCCGCCUGUUCCCUGGGUGCUUCCAAGGCGUGUUCCUGCUUCUGGUGGUGAAGUGGCAGGCGUAUGGCUGCCAGGAGGAGUAAGUUCGACUCAACUCAUGCACCGUGCAGCCCAAGCUGAUUUCCCGCAAAGACUCCUGUUUCCAUCCAAGCCUACACCAUGA